AUGUCUACGUCAAUAACCGCUAAUUCUACUCGUUGGAUUCAUACGGAUCCGUUAUCGGCAUUAUGGAGUAUGUCCGAUAAUGUACCUGUUAAUGAUGUGACAAUUGGUCCGGAUCACAAAACUGUUAUUGUCUUGGAUCAUUCACCUGAUUUUGCUACUUCCUCUAAUUUUAAAAUCGACAUUCCCCUGAAAGAUUCAACAACGGGACAGAUGCGUGUAGUAAGUCAGGUGGAGAAGACACUUUGGACUUGUGCUGUUGAAUCAGCCUUUGAAUUCCAUCGAAUUGUUGAUGAAAUUUAUCCAGAUGGUGUGCGGCUAAUGCGUUUCGUGAUUUCCGAUUUUGUUGGAAGAUUUCUGACACCGAAUUGGGGUACACAACUUAUUUCAUUAGAUCAGUUAUUGAAAUCAUUUGCAUCCUGUGGUGUUCCGGAUGCUAAAGCGGAUUUAUCAUCCUGUUCAAUAAUUAACGGUAUCUCGAUUGCUGUUGAAGCGAUUAGUGAAUUGACAGAAUUACAAAAAAAGCAGUCUGAUUUGAAUUCUGGUUUCAAAUAUUUUGGAAAGUGUAGUAAACGUGGUGAAAGCAGUAUGAAGGAGCAUAGUGAUGAAAAACAGCUGGAGAGCAAAGAAUUAUUCGACGUUGUUGAUGAUAAAAGUAAAACAGACUUGAGAAAUAAGAGAUUUGCGGAUCGCGUAAAAAGGUUAUCACUUAAAAUGAAGUUUGCAAGGCAGAAAAUGUAUGAAUUAACGGUCGAAAAUGGUAUCAAGAAAACGUUUCCAAAUACGGGCUCAAUUGUUGUUUUCACAUCUCUUAAGAGGCAUAUUGACGAAGAUAUUGCUAUGUUGACGAAACAUAUCACUGAAGAUAUUAUCAGCCGCAAUAAAAUUGUGAAAGCUUUGGAUGGUGAUAAAAAUUUUGCCCCAAUCACGCAUGUGCAAGUUUAUUUUAUCAUUAUUUAUCCGGUGACAGACGACAAUAAGGAUAAAAUCUAUCUUCCUACUGCUAAACCGCUUACUAAGCUGAAUGAAUAUGUUUCAUGCAGUGUUGUCUGUGCUGAAGCUGGUCCAUCACUACGACCUGUUUUACACGGUGUUAUUCUGAAGCACUUUGAUUUAGUCUCAACAACAGUUACUAGUAUACCAAUGAAGGAAGAAGCACAACAGGGACAGUCGGUGAAUUAUGACGUAGAGGUAUUUCAUCCACGUCGGAGUCAUUAUUUCUUACAACGAUAUGGUUUGGUCGGACCAGGUUCCAAGUUACGAGUCACUGUUAAUCCCGGCGAUUAUGAAACUGUCAAACUAGCCUGGACAACUCCAUCUGCUAAAAAUCGUUGGAAUCAGUUCCCUCGAUGCAUCUCUGCACUUCCGAUAUCACCAGCAAGUGUCAAUGGUCGGCCAUCUGUUUGUCUUACUUCAUUUCUUCUUAGCGGCAGAAAUGUUAUGCUCGAAGUGUUGAAACAUAAUGUACAUUUGCCACGAGACGUUACACCGAAUGUUAAUCAGAAGCUCAUUUCGCAUCUGUUGAUGUGUCAUGCAGGGCGGAUUUAUAUACAUACAGUGCAUAUCGGAAAUCAUCCAGUACUUGAUGAUAGAAAGCUGUUGACAAACGCAGUAUUACCUAAGCCGAGUGCACCGCUUCGUGUUGCUGAUUUUGCUAGUUUUAUGAAAGAAACACGUCUUGUCAUUUCACAGGAAACAGAUGUUUCACCUGCCUCAGUCGAUGAUGAAUCGGUAUAUAAUGAACAAGCACGGAAGCAAUUGUUGAGACUAACUCGUUACUGGCCCUCCAGGCUAAAUGAAGCUUUCAUAUACAAUAUACCAAAAAAAUUCGACCCACUGUUAACUCUAAUACGACGCAGUGAGCUUUCAACGAAUGAUGUUAAUAAAUGUCGCGAAUGUAUCUACUCGCUAAUGGCUUACAAGGAUUCAAAGGAGCCACUUACUUUGAAAACUAUAGAUUGCUUGAAAUUCAAAAAUCCACUUAGUAGAGAUGAACAAUUCCGAUAUGCUUGUGAUGAGUUGCUGAAUCAUUUGCAUAAUUAUGUGAAUCAUUCGGCGAGACAUCUUGAAGUGUUUAACAUGUUUCUUCAAAUUUCGGGUCUUGAUCGCGCAACUCAUGUUUCGGUGCAAGAUGUUUCAGUCCGUACUAUGCAAUUGCCGUCUAGUUCUUCAUCGGUUUCAACAGUACGAAGUCAAUCACCAGUGGAUACGACGCAACCAAAAAGUCGUAGUAUGUCUCCGGUAAUAAAAAAACCACGGAAAUCUAUAUACACCUGGGGACCAAAUGAAAAGUUGAAUCUUUAUGAUUACUAUCUUGAACGAUAUCAAAAGGAGCACUUAACAAAAUGGAAAGAUUUCGUUGGUCGUGUAAAAGCUGGCAAUAAACCUGCUAUACUUUAUCCAAAUCUUGAUCUUAACAAAGCAUCCAGCAAAGGUGAUGCUGAAUCUGUGUAA